AUUUGAACCCGGUAAAACCACCUGUCCACAAUUGCUAAACAUAUGUUUUUAUCAUGGAAUGUAGACAGCCGUGAAGCAUCUGGCCCAAAAACCCGCGAACAGAAAAUGGAUAUUGACAACUUCCCGGGUCACGGCAGACGGAGGCGCCGGAGCGCUCUCGCAUGCAACACAUGUCGGGAAAGACGGACAAAAUGCGACGGCAGGCGCCCUAAAUGUUCCUUUUGCAUUGAACGUGGCAAAGACUGCUUCUACCCGGAGACGCAAGUCCUACCCCCUUCAUCGUUGAAGGUGGAACUUUCCAGGUUAUGGGAACAAGUAGAUCAUAUUACCGCCAAAGUCCAGGGCCAAAGGCCACGGAGCUCUUCCUCCCAAGAUGGGCGACAAGAAUCUUUCACUCUUACCGCCCCCAGGCCAUCUCGAGGUUUUCCAUUCAUGGUAAUGCAGUGUGAAGCAUUUAUGAAUUUGCUUGGUCUUGAGCAAUCGAUGCCUGCGCUCCUCGAACAGGGAGAGCGCUGCAGAAAAGCCAUCCCAGCUCAAUCAUAUGGCGCGAAUAUUGUGAUUGUCGAUCUCCAGGAGGCAUCAAUACUUUUGAAUGCUUUCUGGGAGCAGGUCCAUAUCUGGUACCCAAUCCUGCAUGCAGAUGAUACCGAGGAAUUUAUUCAGGCAAUAACAUCGUGUUUCCCCUUGUCGGUAACAUCCUGCCUUACUCUCCUCGUAUUGGCUAUCGGCUGCGUGGUGGAAUGCAAUACCGUCAUUGAUGCCCUACGAAGCCGCCCAGAAGCACUAUACAUUGAGGCAGCCAUGAAAAUGCUUCCGUGUGCAUUUGCACACUGUGGCCCACGUAGCGCGCAGUGCCUGCUAUUGUUCGCCAUAUACCACCUAUGCUACGGACAGCCAUUUCAGGCUUACGAAUUCGCCGCUAUGGCGUCUUUCAAACUACAGAAUUAUAUCAUAAAUGAACUUGACGCCGACAGUGAUGCCACUCAAAUCUCGAUUCUCGCAAAUUGCUUCUGCGAGAUUACCGUCCAGCUAGACCUCGUUGAUACCGGGUUACGCACGAUGACUUCAUUUGUGCCGGUCCCAACAGGUUCGGACCACUGGACAUGGGGUUCAAGUCAACUUUUCGAGUCAUCUACACCCAGCGACAACGAUAGCGAGUUCAACCCCGAAAGGAGCGAUCUGUCAUAUUUCGUCGCAGAGAUCGCGAUGCGAAAAAUGCUCCAGCGCUGUACGUGGUCCACCAGUACAUUGGCGCAAGGUAGCCAUGUCUAUGCGCCCAUCGUUGCGGCAGAGCUCGAACGCCAGUUGGACGAGUGGCUACAAUUACUCCCACAGCAGCUAUCUUUCCGUCCCUCCUCUGCCACCAGAUCUCGCCCGGGGUGUGAUCCAAGCUCAGCCCAUGUGGAGUUUCUGCGCACGCAGUACUACGCAUUUAAGGCGUCGAUCUAUUGGCCAGCGGUGUACGAGGCCCUUACUGCGGGAGAGGCAAACAGCGACCUUCUUUACCACUGUGCAAAAUUCUUUACUAGUUUCGCUGAGUUUGUUCCCAGUGCUGUCGCUGCAAUAGCCGUCUGUAAGCCAAAUCUGUGGACACUAUGUACAAGUGUGUUUACUAUUUCAAUGGCAGCUCUGGCAGGGGUGACUGAACCAUGCCUGGUCGUGGUUGUUCCUCGAGAAGCUAUUCAUGGCCUAGAACUAGCAAGCAAAGCCUUCGAUGGAACCGCGGAGAUCAGCCCCUCGCUAGCGGACAUGGGUGCGAUACUGAAGGAAAGCAUACAACGCUAUCAUCAUAGUUGGAUGUAACAAUUGGCAGUUGCCACAGCUCGACCGCAUGUCCUUACAAUCAGAAAUUUCUAGUCACAACGGCAGAUAUUAGCCAUUACAACCAAGCCCAGCCCGUUCACAGAUGUCACGGCGGUGUCACACCCCUGCUACCUAAUUUGGGCCCCGUCCGGGGUCAGUUACCCAUAAUGAACCAGAGAGAUAAUGGGCUAAACCCAACGGAUCUCUCUGUCAGAAAGCAUGAAAUCAUUGAG